AAUUGGAAGCAAAAAUCUGAAAACCUAAAUCAGUGACUCACUACACUCACUCGACUCUCAUCUCCUCUGCACCCCUCCAAUCCGUAAAUAAUUCUUUCCAAAUCGAAGCUAAGAUGAAGACGAAUGCAUUCAGAGGGUCUAACGUUUUCAUGUCCCGGAAACUGGUUCCUCCUGAGGUCUUCGACAAGCUUCUCGGUGCCCUGAAGGACAAUGGAGCCGAGGUCUUCCUCUGCUGCGACCCUUCUCGAAACGGCCAAAACGACUUCCAUGUCAUCUCUUCCAUCGAUCACGAGAAAUUUGAGGAUCUUCGAGCUAAGGGCUGUAAUUUACUGGGUCCACAGUGUGUACUUACAUGUGCAAAAGAAAAUAGAGCUCUACCUAAACAAGGAUUUACUUGCUGCCUUGCAAUGGAUGGUUUGAAAGUACUUGCGUCUGGUUUUGAGACGGAUGAAAAGGUUAAGAUUCAAAAGUUGGUUACAGCUAUGGGGGGAAUGUUGCAAAGUAAAGCAUCUUUGGAUGUUAGCUUUGUUAUUGUAAAGAAUGUUUUGGCUGCAAAGUACAAGUGGGCUCUAAAUAAUUCAAGGAAACCUAUUGUUACUAUUCAGUGGUUAUAUCAAUGCUGGAGUGAGCACCGUGUUGUUCCUCAAGACUCAUACAGGGUUCUUCCUUUUUCUGGAUUGACCAUAUGUGUUACCAAAAUCCCUGCAGAUGAGCGGAAAGAGGUGGAAAAGCUUGUCAGUCAAAAUGGUGGAAAAUAUUCACCCGAACUAACCAAGAAGUGCACUCAUUUGAUUUGUGAUAUAUCCUUUAUGUUGUCCUUUAGUAGGACAUGAUUAAUUUUUCUUGCGUUCAAAGUUUGGAAUUUGCAUUUCAUUGUUUUCUACAAGGAAAAGCUUGCUAACAAUUAUUG